UCUCCAAGUGGAACACAAACACGCGCGCGGUUGGAACCCAGUUGCCGCGACCGGUUGCUCUCCUGCUACCUCGAAAACAACUUUUUCUCUUCUCGUUUGCCGUCCGGCAAAAGACCUCUCUUCUGGUCGAAGUCAGUAGUGCACUUUGUUCCAAAGUGCUUCGGCGGCGAAGGACUGAAGAUUCCGUCUAUUAUUUCACAACUGUUCCCAAACGGGUGGGGAGUAAAUACCAUUUUUGCGUGGCCCAAGAUAGUACGACUGACGUUAUAGAAAAAUGUUUUUUAUAAUGUUAGUGAAAAGUGACUUAAGAGUGUUGUGAAGUGAUAAGAAAGUGACUUGCAAGCGUUAACAUUCAACACGGAGAGUAAAUUAAAGAGUUUUUCUCCAUAUAAUAAUUAUUGUGCAUUAAGUAAAAGAUAACAUAACAGAACGGGCUGUAAUUUAAAUAAUUAUCAGCUGUGAUAACUUUAUCGCUUUUAAGUUCAGUGUUUAUCUGAAGCAUGGAAGAUCUGCUAUCUUGAUGUCUGUUCGCCGUAGCACUAUACCUAGAAGUGAUUAGCAGAAUGCUUUAAACGUGUUAUUCUAACUGUUUCGUAGAGCUGUACAAACAUUAUCUGUAACUGGGACUACAGUAAUUCUGAAGACGUAAAAAUGGAUGACGCCUGUGAUAGGUCGAGCACUCCCCCACCACUCCCUCCGAAGACAAGAAAGAGCAUUAGUAACAGUGGUGUAAUUACAAAUAACCAAGUCAUAAAGACACAAGUAACACCUCAGUCAGCAAUAACAACGGUAUUUAGCGCAAUACAAACAGAAGACGCAUCUGUGACGCACCAAAGUGAUAUUCUCAGCUUUACAUUUCCAGAGGCACGAUCUCUCAAACCGUUGACCGAACAGACGCCUCCUCCUUCACCUCACAAUAUCACCAAUGGUAACCAUCACGUGGUCAAGAUUCGUAUCAGUCCAGGAGACGAUGCAAUCACGAGUACUGCACAAUAUCCGACAAGUUUACAGCAAUACCCGUCGCUGUGUGGUAAACCUCCGGUCUCGUCCUUAAGCAAAGCAGAGCCUCAGUCAUUGAACUUCCACCCGUCACACUACACGUCUACCCCUACAGAAGGGUGCAUCAGGAUCAACGUGAGUAGUAAUGACGCAGAACAUCAGCAACACGAGGAAAUAGUACGUCGCUCCACUACAUCUAUCCCUGGAAAUUUUUUGAAGACGUCUUCGCCAGAACGUGCCAAUCCCUAUUUCUUUUAUGGCUCCUACUCUUCAAACGGGAUGGUGGUUUCCAGUGGCCAGUCCUCACCAAGUGAUACUCUAGACAGUGGUACCUGCAGCGACUUGGAUGGCAGCACCCCUCCGCCUCUGCCCAAGAAAAAAUCUGUGACGGCGACAAAAGCCACCGUUACUGUCACCGUAAACGGGGGUGGUCAUCGGCGUACAGGCAGUCUCACAAGCAGUGGUGCAGAAGUUGACAGUGAUGACGAGGGAAGCAAUAUCAGCUGUGAUUCCCUUAACAGCAACGAACUAAAUGGGGAAACACCCGUUGUUGAGGACGCCAGAAAUAACAUUAAAGGUAUUCAAGAAACCAGCAAGGUAAAGCCCCUUACGGAAGGUACGGUAACAGAGAAGAAGGUGAAGCCAUUAACACCCCCCACGCCUCCAAGAUCGAAUAUUCCACCUGUUGAACAUUCACUUCCACAAGGGCUCCUCCAGGACAUCAGAGCCCGUACAGCCAAGCUGACCAUCGUUCCCUCACCCUGCAGUACCCUCACCAGAAAGACUAGAACCUGGGCAGAUGAACUGUCGUCAAAAUCUAAACAGCACAGCGAACUGAAGAAUGCAAAAGAUUUCAACAACACCAAGUUAAAUGGCUCCGUAUUCAAGUACCAGGAUAUCUCCCCUGUAUCUACCCUUUCCACUUCCUCAGAUGACCAGUCCAAGAGAUCCAUUGUGGAGGAAAAGACGUAUGAAGAACGACAGAAGGCAACAGCUGAGAAACAACAAGCGUCAUCUAGUAAAAUAUUUAGCAACGGUGAAUUUUUUGACACCGAUCGAUUCUAUACUUUUCACCUCAAUGAACACGUCGCUGACAGUAAAGACCCCGUUCAGGAGAAGGGUAUCGAGAACGAAGAAACAUUCGCGGGGUACAGGGAUCUACUGCAGGGAAAGGAGUCGACGUCCACCAUCCGCAGUGCCAAGGGGACAGUGCGUGGUGUCAAGAACCGAGUCAGGGCGGGAAUAGCAACCUUCCUGCAGCUGCACGACACCAAGAACUACAAGAAGGAGGAGGCCGGUAAAGUAGUAGUCUACACGACUACAAUGGGGGUUGUGCGAGAAACAUUCCAGGACUGCGUGCUUGUCAAGAAGAUUCUCCGUAACUUGAUGGUGAAGUAUGAGGAACGUGACGUCUUCAUGAGCAGAGAAACACAGACAGAGAUUCGUGAACGCAUGGGCAGUGACGCCAUUAUUGUGCCCCAGAUCUUUCUAGAGGGUCAGCACAUUGGGAAUGCAGAAACAAUUGAAAAACUGAACGAGUCUGGCGAACUAAGAAGGAUACUGAAGCCAUUUAAAAGCCCUGACGCGUGUUCUACCUGCAAAGUCUGUGGAGGACAUCGCCUUCUGCCCUGCUCCAUUUGCAACGGCUCCAAGAAAUCAGUACAUCGCAACGACUUCACAGCAGAAUUCGUGGCGCUGAAGUGUAUGCACUGCGAUGAAGUAGGCCUUGUCCGCUGCUAUGCUUGCUAGCACCGGCUGCCUAUACGUGAGGACAGGCCUCUCUUCAUAUUUGUCAUGAUAUUUUCUACAAAUGGAUACUCGUCAAUGGUUUGUGUCUUAAACAGGCGUAUACAAAGAAUUUGACCAAGUUUUGAAACAGAGAAUAUUAACGUUUAGUAGGGGUCUGGUAGCAUUGUGAUAUCAGCACAGACUGAUCUACCGACACUUACCCUUUUCGAUCGAUAUAAUCUCGCUGAUCAAUGCAUACAUGACAUUUCUGAUAUUAUGCACCUGAAUAUUAUAAUCCUAUGUCAACAAUAUGAACAUCUGUUACACCUAGCAAAAAAUCUUUUUAAUGUAACAAGAUGUAAUCGUGAUAUAUCUGAUGGAUAUAUUAGAUAAACGGAUUCAAAUGUCUGAUUAGCUGUAUGUAUCAUCCGGUUAGGUUCCCAUCGUAUUUGGUAACUCUUACAUUGUUUAAGAAGGAAAAUUUUAAGCAUUACACAUGUUGGAAUUACAUGAAAAUGGCAGUAUUUCAAAAACUUGCACAUAUGCUAAACUCAGCAUCAAAAUCAGAAUAGCUGUUUGGCCACGCUUUUAAAAAAAAUAUCUGGAAUGAAUGUCAGAUAAGCUGCCAUACCUGAUAACAGGAAGAUGAGUUAUCGGAUGCUGACGAUUCCGCAAGGACAGAUGAUAUCUACCGCGCUUUGCGACAAAAAUUAACUUUUGAAUAUAUUCUACUGAUUUAAUUGUUGCGUAUGUAAAAAAAUGAGUAGCGGGAAUUGUAUUAUAAUAUUGUGGUAAGUCGUCGCGAUUCGAAAAUAUUAUUAUCUUCUCUGACUUUAUCUGUAGUUUAAAUGCCAGUUAAUCGUUGUGUAUCUUGUAUUAAAGAUAGCACAUUGUAACUGCUACAUACGAUACAUACCACCUAAAUUCUUUAAAUGUACGUGAUAUUACUAGGUUGUACAUUAGGUUUAUCAAAGAGAACGCAAUUUGAAUAGAUUAUAAGGCACGUCCUUCAAAUACGAAAGCAAUAAUAAGCAUUGUUACAAACAGCCUGUUAAUCCCAAGCAAUGCAGUAUAAACAGGAACAUUAUUGGCAUCCAUGAAUAUCAGUCUCUGAUAUUUAUGCAUAAUACUAAGUUAGGCAAUCUAAGUAACAUGCUACCCGUAGCCUUACAGACGUAAAUAAUCCUAUGUUAGUUGCAAUUAAUUAGAAUACCAGUUACUUUAUACUUAGAAUUUAUAAAACUUUUGUCGUUAAUAACCGAAGUCCGUGUUGGCCAUUCUUACAGUAGUUUUGUAUAUCACAUAUAGGUAAUAUAAGACUUCAAAGAACAAUUAUAAAGGUUCUAACGAUAGCGUAUUGCAAUUAGUACAGCAAGUUUUUUAAUCCAUACAUUGUCCUAUAUUCUACAAAAAUAAAACUGUUUCGGGAGCUGGAUCUGCUUCCGACUUCAGGGGGGACGUACCUACACAGGCAGGUCGAUUAGAGGGAACUAAUCCCCACCAAUGAACAUCAAAGAUAUCGAAAUAAUGUUAAAGUACAAUAAAUAAUAUGUAUUAGAAACCGCAAACAUUAAUAAACACUAUACAAUAUACAUAUAUGUUACUUAUCACGUUAUACUUGUUUAACUAUUGUCACUAUCAAGGGACACUGUUAUGUUUUUUUAAAUAAUGAUACAUAUUACUGUACACGGAAAGUAAUACCUACUUUAAACCGCUUAGAUAUACUGCCGUGAAGUUUUGAAGGAAGUGAUUUCCCUUGCUCAAAUCUUAUACGUUUCUUGUAUAUAGUUAAGAUACUGUUUGUGACUCUCCCGCGUGACUGAACGAGCUCUCAUUGAUGAUGCUAUGAAGCAUAAUACUCUAUUUUACAAGUGCCGCUACAAUUAGGCAGCUUUAGAUGUACUUCUAAAGGAGAUAGGGGUACGAAAGGAGGUGAGGUAUGUACAUAUGAAAGAAAUUAUUCUCAGUUAAAUUUAAACGGGAUUUCCAUUAUAUAAUUAAAGGCUAGUAUAAAAACGUUCACAGUUACGUGGUUGGUAAAAGAGAAAUGCGUACGCACUGGGAAGAGAUAAGCGAAGUCUUUGUCUCUCGUGUCUUUCUCAAUGUGAUACUUGUUUCGUUCUUGUUGGGCGGACAUUGUAUAACAUGUCGUCAAAUUUGCCAAGAAAUUGACUGUGAGUUUUUUUUACAAGUAAGACAUGUCUUACCGCCAUCGUAAAAAUAAUUAAUUUUAUACACACACUUUCAACUUCACCUGCAUUCCGGUACUUCUAAUUAUGAAAUCCAACUAGUACAAAAGGCAAAUUUGUAUGUAGCGAAAUUCAAAUUAUCUACAGCGAAGCUCUGUUAUAAAGAUGUACUUUUCGAGCGGUAAAAAUGUGGAUCCUGGACUUCUGGGAUACGAAGCCGUGUUCUCUUGUAAGUGGUUACCAACGGUUCCGAGAAGUGUAUUAUUUCCAUCGUCGGGGCAAAAGUCCAGUCGGUACAUGAAUCGGUUUUUGCAUGAGGAUACUGGCCAAUGAGAAUCGAGAAAUACGUAAGAGGAUAAAAACUCCCUGAUAAGGGUACUUCUAAGAAUUGCUACUCUCCUCUUUCGCCCAUAUUUUCAGCUUUCUCCCUGUUUCUACACAAUUAAUAGUGACAGACGUAUUUCUUCGAAAUGAUGGUAACCACCUACAAGACCACACUAUACGACAUCAUAGCCUAAAACACCACAAGUCGUGUUACUUUGUCAAAUUUGAGUGUCUACACAACUUUGCCCUGAAUGCAGAUUCAUCUCGAUUAAAAAAAUUAACUUUAAUGUUAUGUUUAUAGUAAUGUUUCUCCUAUAACAGAAUUACUGCUUGAUCAAUUUAUGGAAAUACUCGCUGUGUUCUCAACCCUGUCACUUUCGUGAUGGUGGAAUUAAGUUUACUUUGACAGUUACAUUUUUCCUCCAACUGUAUUCUUACCAAACAUAGUUUAGGAUCAAUAAAUCCUUUACAGUAUUUCCUGACUUGGUCCAGCAGUAAUCAUUCAUUGUCGAAAGUACGUAACUAACUGUAGCUUAAAGCAGAACUUCAAUAAUUAAAUACUUAGUUUUAAGUUUCACUUAUACGAGGCUCGUCCACAAAGUAAGUUUCCCUGGGGCCGUUUACAGAAACAAAACACAAUUUCAUGGAAAUAUUUAUUGCAACAGAUACAGCAAGUGUCCAGCUAUUUUUCAACAGAUUCGCCAC